AUGUAUUCAGUGGAAGAAGGUUCCUUUGGAAGUGCCACAAAUCCAAAUCCUUUCAAAUCAAUGACGCUGGUGGUAGCUGCAGGCAUUGGUAUGAGUAUUGUUCUACUUGGUACAAUUUUGGGCUUAAGUUUGGGAAUCGGUCUUAAUAAUAACAGUCAAUCUUUGAUAUUCAUCACAUCAUCAACAAGUACAACAACCAGUACUACUACCACGAUAACAAUCAUCACGAGCACCACAACAACAAUCAGUUCAACUACCGGAAGUACCACAACUACCACAACUACUACAAGUACUACAACUACUACCACAACUACUACAACAACUACUACAACAUCGCCGACAAUUCAAUCAGUUUAUCAGGGUGCUUUUACGAGCAGUAGUCCGGUAUAUGGUGGUAUAAAUCAAACAUCAACAAAUUAUACUUAUGAAGCCAUUGACAUGAUUGUUAGUACAUCUGGAAUCUAUACAGUUACAAGUAUUAGUGCUAGCAGUGUGAAAUUCUAUGGAUAUUUGUACAAUAGUAGCUUCAGUGCUGUUAGUCCAGUUACGAAUUUAAUUGCACGCGAUGAUCAAACGACUGGAGUACUUUGGUUUAACAUAUCAAAUACUUUUCAAUCUGCUACGGAAUAUGUUUUGGUAGUUACAACCUCAAAUCAAACUACAACAGGCACUUUCAAUAUUACUGCAAGUGGUUCAGGAACCGUCACAUUCGUACGUAGAAAUACAUUUUCGUUAACAACAACAUAUGGAACUAUUAUAAAUAGUGGAACUGAUGAUAAUAGCAAUACGUUUGUGAUCAUCAAUGGAAAUGACGUUAUUACAGGAGUAGAUGGCAUAUCUACUAAAGCAUAUGUAUCACAAGUUUCUUUUUCAUUCAGUAUAGCACCAAGCACAACGACACCCAUGAUCUUUCUAUAUGUAUUCAAUCAAACCGCUGGAACAUUUACAUUUAUUCCAAGUGUUACGUAUCAAAUACCAUAUGCAUCCAUUACAACAGGUACAAAUGGAACUCAAACAAUAUCUCUUCCCGUUAAUCAACUUCCCACUGUUACAGGUCAAUAUGUUGGAGUAGGAUUUAGUACAGGUGGUGGUAGUUUAUACGCUGUGGCAAAUCGAUCUCAAUAUUUUCUUUCUGGUGUUUCAAAUUUUUCAGCAGUAACUUCAGCUACCUACACAAAUCUAAGUCAGGGAAUUGCUUUCACAUUUCAGCUUUAUAUUUCAGGAGUCGUUUUUGGUUAA